AUGAAGUUCUCUGCUGCUCUGGCUUUGUCUCUGGCCACCGCCACCAUGGCGCUGCCUCGCCACAUACUGUCCCGAGACAGCGGUUUCGCGUUGCAGAAUGGCCAGCAAGCGAUGGCUCAAAACGCGCAGUUUGCGAGCCUGACGGCUGACUCAUCCUGCACAACUGGCACUGACAUGGCAUGCGUCAACAACUCCUUCACGCAAUGCCUUGCCGGCAAAUGGAUAUUGACCAACCCGUGUAGCUGCGCCGCGCUCCCGCUCGUCAACUCGCAGGGCACGAGCAUCACCUGCACGACACAGAAUGAUCUUCAACAACGCAUUGCUGCUACCGGGGCUUCGUCAUCUUCGAACUCGACGUCUUCUGCGACGUCCUCUGUCGCAGCGAGUGCUACCGGAGGUGCUGCGACCAGCGUGUCCGUGUUGGCUGCGCCGAGUAGCACUGCUACGGGCAGCGGAAAUGACACCGCCGCCCAGUCCUCGCUCACGCUCCUCGACUCGCUGAUCAACACCGGGUUCAGCUCCGAGUCCGGCGAAAUCGCCUCCAUCACCUCCUCCAAUAACUUCAUCAACUACUGCUCCACCGUCAACCUCCCGCUCACGAACGGAACCCAGGUCAAGGCGGGCUCGUGCAACGCCGCGCCGAUGGGUGCCAUCGCCGCCACGACCGCGAUGCCCUCCGCCAAGUUCGUCUACCCGCCCAACCUCGGGUCUGUCCUCGCGAACACGAACUUCACCGUCGUCCUCGCCAUCCGCAACCUCGAGACGGGCUGGUCCGUGAACCCCAACACGAACUACUUCGCCGCGUCGCAGCAGGUGAACGCCAGCACGGGCCUCAUCCAUGAGGCGAUCACGAGCAUGAACCAGACGGACCCGACGGAUCCGACCAAGUUCGCGUUCUUCUCGGGCCUGAACGCGGUCGCGGAGAACGGGCAGCUGUCGACGACGGGCCUUUGGAAGGGCACGUACAGGAUGGCGAGCAUCAACGCCGCGGCGAACCACCAGGCGGUGCUCGUAGCGGUCGCACAGCACGGUUCGCUCGAUGACAUGGUCUAGUGAGUCCUUCGCGAUCCUAUGUCGGGCAGCACGCGCUGACCAGGUGCGCCACUAGCUUCACGGUCCAAUGAAGAGCUUGACGCUCAACUCACGAACCGGACAACACAUUUUCAGUCAACCCCGUCGUUGCACGACGAUGCGGGCAUUUGUUUGACUUGACGCUCUGGUGUAGCUCUAACAUCAUUGCAGUUCACUUGUAUCCAUAGCCGCGCAUAGCCGUACUUUACAUUUCUUAACGACCUGACUUCUGGGAUAGCGAUUCCUUUGGUGCUUCGCGUA